UACCCCUCGACCUCUCUCUUCCAUUUAAGCCCCCACCCGAUCCCUUCUCAGAUUGAAAUUACAUCUUAGGAGCCCAACAGAAUGGCCGGCGGCCGGAGAAAUAAGUUCGAGCCCAUCGGAAAAUGCAGCACGGAGGGGCGGUCGAAGCAGACUGUGGCGGCUGACCUCGACGGAACUCUGCUGGUCUCGAACAGCGCGUUUCCUUACUUCAUGCUUGUCGCCUUGGAGGCAGGCAGCAUUCUCCGAGCCUUGCUGCUUCUAUCGUCAGUCCCAUUCCUCUACAUCUUCUACAUACUCAUCUCCGAGUCUCUGGCAAUCAAAACCCUGAUUUUCAUCGCCUUCUCCGGCCUCAAAAUCCGGGACAUAGAGAUCGUGGCCAGGUCGGUGCUGCCCAAAUUCUACGCGGAGGACGUGCAUCCAGAUGCCUGGAAAGUGUUCAAUUCCUUCGGGAAGAGGUACAUCGUCACUGCCUGCCCUAGGAUCAUCGCCGAGCAUUUUGCCCGGACGUAUCUGGGGGCGGAUAAGGUUCUGGGCACGGAGUUGGCGGUGACGGCGUCGGGCCGGGCCACGGGGUUCGUGAAGAAGCCCGGCGUGCUCAUUGGCGAGAAUAAGAGAAGGGCGAUUGUGAACGAAUUUGGGGGUGAGAAUAAUUACAUGCCUCCUGAUGUUGGGCUGGGCGAUAGAGACACUGAUCACGCCUUCAUGUCGGUCUGUAAGGAGGGAUACAUGGUGCCAAGAUCAAGAAAAACAGAAGCCCUCCCAAGAAACAAGCUUCUAUCCCCAAUAAUUUUCCACGAGGGGCGUCUGGUCCAAAGGCCCACUCCCAUUGUUGCAUUAGUGACAUUCUUGUGGAUGCCCAUCGGCAUCAUUUUGUCAAUAAUCAGAGUGUAUCUCAACAUUCCAUUGCCUGAAAGAAUUGUACGUUACACCUACAUGCUUCUCGGAAUCAAACUCAUCGUCAAGGGCAACCCUCCGCCGCCGCCCAAGGCCGGCAACGGAGGCGUCCUGUUCGUCUGCAACCACCGCACCGUGCUCGACCCCGUCGUCACGGCGGUGGCCCUAGGCCGGAAAAUCAGCUGCGUGACGUACAGCAUCAGUAAAUUCUCCGAACUGAUUUCGCCGAUCAAGGCGGUGGCUCUGUCGAGGGAGAGGGAGAAAGACGCGGCGAACAUAAAACGGCUGCUGGAAGAAGGCGACCUGGUGAUAUGCCCGGAAGGGACGACUUGCAGAGAGCCGUUCUUGCUGCGGUUCAGCGCGCUUUUUGCGGAGCUUAGCGACAGAAUCGUGCCGGUGGCGAUCAAUACGAAACAAAGCGUGUUUUACGGGACGACGGCGCGAGGGCACAAGUUCUUGGACCCUUACUUCGUGUUCAUGAACCCCCGGCCGACGUACGAGAUCACGUUCUUGAAUCAGCUGCCGCCGGAGUUCAGCGUGAGAGGGGGCAAAUCGGCGAUCGAGGUGGCCAAUUAUAUACAGAGGGUGGUGGCGGGGACGCUAGGGUUUGAGUGCACCAACUUGACCAGAAAAGACAAGUACGCCAUGAUGGCCGGCACUGAUGGCCGUGUCCGAGUGCUGCAGCCCAGGAAGCACCAUGUCGGAGGAGGCGACUCCGAUCAACAAAACAACUGAAACGAUCGAUUAAAUCAUUCCAUUCAUAUACGUACUCAAAUGGGAGGGAUCGGAAAUCGGAUCGGAGGGGCUAGGGAUAUAUAUAUAUAUAUAUGUGAAAGUGAAUUUGUGACGACAUAUAUAUAUUUAUUAUAAUUAUGAUAAUGAUUAAGAAUAUUAAUUAAUGAAUUAAUUGGCCUAAUUAUCAACAAUGGGAGGGAGGCCAUUGCUAAGUAUUUAUUAAUAUUUAAUUUUUCGAUCAUAUAUGUGGUGUUUCGUGGUAAUAAAGAAAUGGGGAGUGUACUCAGCUUGCCA